AUGGCUUCAUCAGAUUCCGACGUGCCUCCGGAAGCAUCGGCGCCGUCGUUAGAGGAGAUGACCAGAGCAGGCGCCAGAUCGAUGAUCCUCCCGAUCAUCCUCAACUUCGCCGCCGCGUCUCCUCCGUCUCCGCGCCAGCGCGACGUGACGGUGAUCGUGAACGCGAGGACGGGCUCGAUCACCUUUAUUGAGGGCGCGGCGGACGGGAAGGAGGGGCAUUUGCCGGCGUCGAAGGCGUCGAUAGAGGCGAUGCCGGUCGUGAAAGUCGGCGAAGACGGGAUCGAUUGCGCUAUCUGCCUGGCGGAGUUUGAAUUGGGCGGCGAGGCGAAGGCGAUGCCGUGUAAUCACCGGUAUCAUCCAGAUUGCAUUGAUAAGUGGUUGCAGAUCCACGGAUCUUGCCCGCUUUGCCGGUACAAGAUGCCCGCGGAAGAAGGAGAGGAAGUUAGGAAAGAAAGUGAUAAUCCCGCGGAUGAAUUAGGUGAAGUGGAGAACGAAGCUCGCCGUGACGGUGGCACAGAGCGGCGAGAAAGGGCGGCUAUGGUGUUUCACGUCUUCUUCAGGAACGGUGGCCGGAGAAAUUCCGACUCCGAUUCCGAUUCCGAUUCCGAUUUUGAAAUGCAAGGAGAAGAUACUAAUCAAGAAAAUCCUGGCAGUGAAGACUCCGAAGUGGCUAUGGAAAUUGACGGUCGAUAA